UAUCGAGAACUUUCUAAGACGGCCACGACUUUCUGUUACGGGAAACCUACCAAAAUGUUGGCGGCCUCGAAAUCGCGAGUGGUCGCAUCGCUCGCGUCCUCUCGCCCUCUCCUCAAUCAUGACCCAUGGCGGCAUCUAGGGUUCCUCCGGUCCGUCUCCUCCUCGCCGGCGCCCGGCACCCCAAACCCGGGCUCCUUGGAGCUGAAGGAGGUCGAGAAGAUCCUCGGCGACGUGAAGGCGGACGAUGUGAGGGUGAUAUCGGUGCGGGACCAGUGCGAUUGGACGGAUUACAUGGUCGUCGCCACCGGCCGAUCCUCCUGGCACGUCCGCAACAUCGCCCAAGCCCUAAUUCACAGGGUAAAACAAAAGCAAAAAGGCGCUGAACGAUUAGUGCUUCCAAGUGUCGAAGGCCACGAAGGAGGAAAGUGGAUUGUGAUUGAUUCUGGUAAUGUUAUAGUUCAUGCACUUGAGGAGAAGGCUAGAGCAUAUUAUAAUCUUGAAAGUCUCUGGACAACAGAGAUGACCCCAAAGGGACCUGACCUGGGACCUAACCUGGAUUUGGAGAAAUCCCUGGUGAAGAUGCGUCCUAGAAACAAAUCCAAGAAACCAAUGAAGAGCAUUUAGUGAUCAGAUAUGCAUGAUUUUCGUUUGGUAAUAAUCAGACAUGAUCUGAUCUGUAUGAUUAGUAGAAGGACAUGUUUUCUGUAGACUACAUAUUUACAUACGUUCUUUUAAGCUGAGACAAGUGUGUGUGUCAAACUUCAAUGCAGAGUUCUGCAAGCAGCAUCCAGUUGAUGUACAAAAGCCCUGUUUAAUUGGUCAAAUAUGGGUACGUUAUGCUCGA